AUGUCGAGGCGCAAGCAGGCGAAACCCCAGCACAUCAACUCGGAGGAGGACCAGGGCGAGCAGCCGCGGCAGCAAGCGACCCCAGAGUUUGCAGAUGCGGCCCCAGCGGCGCCGGCGGCGGGGGAGCCGGGUGCUCCAAUGAACCUCCCAGGCAGUGGCGAUGAAGCCAGCGGGGACAAGGGCAUGGUGAAGCGGCUGCGCCGGGAGGAGACUCACGUCUGCGAGAAGUGCUGUGCCGAGUUCUUCAGCCUCUCUGAGUUCCUGGAACAUAAGAAGAAUUGCACUAAAAUUUCACCCGUCCUCAUCAUGAGUGACGGCGAGGGGCCAGUGCCUUCCGAGGACUUCUCCAGGGCCGUGCUGAGCCACCAGCCCCCCAGCCCAGGCAGUAAGGAUGGUCACAGGGAGAGCAGCGGUGGCAGCUCGGGCGACGUGAAGGAGAAGCCGGGUGCGGAGCCGGUCCUGUACUUGAAGGCAGAGGCUGCCCUGCCGCCCGCACCCCAGGACAUAAGCUAUUUACCCAAAGGCAAAGUGGCCAACACUAACGUGACUCUGCAGGCCCUCCGGGGCACCAAGGUGGCCGUGAACCAGCGCAGCGCAGAUGCGCCGCCUGCCCCGGCGCCGGGCGCCCACGGCAUCCCGUGGGUCCUGGAGCAGAUCCUGUGCCUGCAGCAGCAGCAGCUCCAGCAGAUCCAGCUGACCGAGCAGAUCCGCGUGCAGGUGAACAUGUGGGCUGCGCAUGCCCUGCACUCGGGCGUGGCGGGGGCCGACGCCCUGAAGACUUUGGGCAGCCACGUGUCCCAGCAGGUUUCCGCCACGGUGGCCUUGCUCAGCCAGAAGGCCGGGAGCCAAGGUCUGUCUCUGGAUGCCUUGAAACAAGCCAAGCUACCUCAUGCCAACGUCCCUUCCACUGCCGGCUCUCUGUCCCCAGGGCUGACACCCUUUGCCCUGAAGCCCGACGGGUCGCGGGUCAUCCCGAACGUCAUGUCUCGCCUCCCGAGUGCUUUGCUACCUCAGGCCCCAGGUUCUGUGCUCUUCCAGAGUCCUUUCUCUGCUGUGGCACUAGACCCCUCCAAGAAAGGGAAAGGGAAGCCACCGAACAUCUCCGCUGUGGAUGUCAAACCCAAAGACGAGGCGGUCCUCUACAAGCACAAGUGUAAGUACUGUAGCAAGGUUUUUGGGACUGAUAGCUCCUUGCAGAUCCACCUCCGCUCCCAUACUGGAGAGAGACCCUUCGUGUGCUCUGUCUGUGGACACCGCUUCACUACCAAGGGCAACCUCAAGGUACACUUUCACCGACACCCCCAGGUGAAGGCCAACCCCCAGCUCUUUGCUGAAUUCCAGGACAAAAUGGCAGCAGGCAAUGGCAUCCCCUAUGCACUCUCUGUCCCUGUCCCUGUAGAUGAAUCAAGUCUCUCUUUAGACAGCAAACCUGUCCUUGUAACAGGAACCCCUUCCUUAGGGCUACCUCAAAAUCUCUCUCCAGGGACUAACCCCAAGGACCUCCUGGGUGGCCCACUGCCCAGCGACCUGCAGCCUGGGCCUUCUCCAGAAAGUGAGGGUGGACCCACACUAUCUGGGGUGGGACCAAGCCAUAAUUCCCCAAGGGUUGGUGGCUUCCAGGGGAGUGGGACCCCUGAGCCAGGGUCCGAGACGCUGAAGUUACAGCAGCUGGUGGAGAACAUCGACAAGGCCACCACCGACCCUAACGAAUGUCUCAUUUGCCACCGAGUCUUAAGCUGCCAAAGCUCUCUGAAGAUGCAUUACCGCACCCACACUGGGGAGAGGCCUUUCCAGUGCAAGAUCUGUGGCCGAGCUUUUUCUACCAAAGGCAACUUGAAGACGCAUCUCGGGGUUCACCGGGCCAACACGUCUGUAAAGACCCAGCAUUCGUGCCCCAUCUGCCAGAAGAAGUUUACCAAUGCAGUCAUGUUGCAGCAACAUAUCCGCAUGCACAUGGGCGGCCAGAUCCCCAACACGCCUCUGCCAGAUAGCCCCUGUGACUUUGCGGGUCCUGAGCCCGUGAUGGUCGGGGAGGGUGGCAAUGCAGGUGCCACCUGUCAUGAGGAAGUCGAGAGCAUCGACGUAGAGGAAGUAACCUCCCAGGAUGUCCCCGCUGGCUCCUCAAAGGCCCCCGCACCCCUUCCCAGCUCCCACUUGGCCUCACCCACCCUGGGGUUCGCGGUGAUGGCUUCUCUAGAUGCCCCAGCGAAAGUGGGUCCUGCCCCUUUGGGCCUGCAGCGCCAGAGCAGCCGAGAAAAUGGCUCUGUGGAGAGUGAUGGCCUGACCAACGACUCAGCCUCUCUCAUGGGCGACCAGGAGUAUCAGAGCCGAAGCCCGGAUGCCAUGGAAACCUUGUCCUUCCAGGCAGUGUCUCCGGCCAAUAGCCAAGCAGAAAGCAUCAAGUCCAGGUCUCCCGAUGCUGGGGGCAAGGCCGAGACCUCCGAGAACAGCCGCCCUGAGAUGGAAGGUCGUAGCAGCCUCCCAUCAACGUUUAUUCGAGCUCAGCCCACCUAUGUCAAAGUUGAAGUUCCCGGCACAUUUGUAGGACCCUCCACCAUGUCCCCAGGCAUGACACCUUUGUUAGCGGCCCAGCCACGCCGACAGGCCAAGCAACAUGGCUGCACGCGGUGUGGGAAGAACUUCUCAUCCGCCAGUGCCCUUCAGAUCCACGAGCGCACGCACACUGGAGAGAAGCCUUUCGUGUGCAACAUUUGUGGGCGAGCUUUUACCACCAAAGGCAACCUGAAGGUCCACUACAUGACACACGGGGCAAACAAUAACUCGGCUCGCCGCGGGAGGAAGCUGGCCAUCGAGAACACGAUGGCCCUGUUGGGUACGGAGGGGAAGAGAGUCUCCGACAUGCUUCCCAAGGAGAUCCUGGCCCCCUCCGUGCGCGUGGACCCCGUGGCCUGGAACCAGUACACCAGCGUGCUCAAUGGCGGCCUGGCCAUGAAGAACAACGAGAUCUCCGUGAUCCAGAGCGGCGGCAUUCCCGCCCUGCCCGUUUCCCUGGGGGCCGGCUCUGUGGCGAGUAACGCCACUGUCUCCAAGCUGGAUGGCUCCCAGUCGGGCAGCAGUGCCGAGGUGGAAAAGCCGGGAGUUCCUGACAGCGUCGCCAAACACCAGUUCCCUCACUUCCUGGAAGAAAACAAGAUCGCGGUCAGCUAAGCGUCAGCUAAGCCCCAGGAGGACCUGCCUGCUAGCAGGAAGUGCCCAUCCAGGUGAAAUGGCUGGUUCCUGGGCUGGUUCUGGUUUUGGGUUUUCUUCAAGAACCCACCUCCUCUUUUCUUUUUUUCUGAUAUGCAAAUGAUGUUUACGGUUGUGACCUCGACCUUGGGCAGUCCUACAAUCACGAUUGUUGUUGCUA